UAGCAUUCUUUAGCCUGCUACAACCGGUCCAUUCGCUCUGUUUUUUUUUUCCCCCGUGUGAAUAUUCGUCUUGGUCUGGCUGCGAAAUGCUGUAGCAUCUCCAGAGUACGUUUCAUUCGCUCUUCUCUCGAAUUGUUCUUUUGGCACGGGAGGACCUCGGUCCGGUGGCGGGCGCCUUGUUUUAGGAGUUCCACGGCAUGGCAGGAACCGGCCAGCGAAAUGCCACAGAAGCGUCCCGGGACCGGCCCGGAAACGUCGAAUUACAGCAGCAGAACUCGAGCGCUCCCUCCGACGCUGGCGUUGCCCGAGGGAAUCCCCAGGAUGGAGAGCCUUCGCCGCUAACACGUUCGCGCCCGGUCCCGAGUCUCCAUCUUCCCCGGGCCGGACUCCGUUCUUACGGCUACGACGAGACCAGAUCGCCUCGUUCUCGGCAACCGCAGUCGCCUCUGCAACGGAGGACUCCGGAACUCUACACGAUCCAGUCGCACACCCUAGCACCGCCGGCGAAGGAAGAUGGCCAAGACAGACGCGAUGGUCCUUCGACCGCCUCUCCACGCCCUCGCUUAGGCCAGCCGAGGAUAUCCUUGACCCGCCCCCGCCAGACCUUUGACGAGAUGCGAGACAGCAUCAAACUUCCCGUUGACGCCGAAAAGAGCAGCGCCACGCUUUCACAGCUGGGUUGGGUUGGACGGCAAAAGAGGCGGAAGAGGGGGCUCGGGAGAAUUCCGUGGGCCAAGAUACAGAACGCUGCCGACAGGGCGUACCAUCGAUACAUUAUCGAGGGCUUGUUGCGGCAAAAGCCCAUUCCGCCGAGCCAGGAUGGGAGGCAUAUCCCCCUCAAGCCCGGCCUGGUAAGGCGAAAGCCCCUCAAAGAUGAGCGGACCGGGCGACCUUACGUGUCCAACUUCAUACGGUCGAGCCGGUAUACCCUCUGGAAUUUUCUGCCCAAGCAGCUCUUUUUCCAGUUCAGCAAGCUCGCCAACUUCUACUUCCUCGUCAUCGGUAUCCUGCAAAUGAUCCCAAACUUGAGCACCACAGGCACGUACACGACCAUUGGGCCCCUCCUUGCCUUUGUGGCACUCAGCAUGGCAAAGGAGGGCUACGACGAUUAUCGCCGGUACAGGCUCGACAAGUUGGAGAACAGGAGCUUGGUUUGCGUGCUGGACCCGGACGGCGCGGCCAAAAGCGAGCCGAGAUCCGACGGUCGCGCAUCGCCGGGUUUCUUUCGACGGGGAAAGCCGGUUCGCGAUGCAGGGACGCAGGUGACGGAGCUCGAAUCGGUGGGCAGCUCCGAAGACGCAGAAUCUGGGCAAUGGACCAAGAUUGAGUGGCAGGAUCUCCGUGUGGGAGACAUCAUACGGCUACAUCGUGACGAGGAUGUACCCGCCGACAUUAUCCUGCUCCAUGCCACGGGACCAAACGGCGUUGCCUUCAUCGAGACGAUGGCUCUGGACGGGGAGACGAAUCUGAAGACCAAACAGGCGUGCCCCCUGCUCGCCAAGCACUGUUCUUCGGUUGCCGGCAUGAAGGACUGCGAAGCUGAGAUCGUGUCGGAGGAUCCCAACAUCGAUCUUUACAACUACGAGGGCAGAGUGACCGUGAACGGCGAGACCAUGCCGUUGACCCUGAGCGAGGUCGUUUACAGGGGAUCGACCCUGCGAAACACGGCGUACGCUAUCGGGCUCGUCAUCAACAGCGGCGAGGAAUGCAAGAUCCGCAUGAACGCCAACAGGAAUGUCCGCGCAAAAGCACCCGAGUUACAGCACGCCGUCAACCGCAUCGUCAUCAUGCUGGUAUUUUUUGUCAUCAUCCUCAGCGUCGGUUGCACGGUUGGCUACAUCCUCUGGCGCCGCCAAUACGUGGGAGCAUCUGACCAGCCGCGCGCCUGGUAUCUCCAAGGCGGGAACGUGCCGCUGCAGCAAAUCUUCAUUGCCUUUGUCAUCGCUUACAACACGCUGAUCCCGCUGUCGUUGUAUGUCAGUCUCGAGAUUGUCAAGCUCGGGCAGCUGUUCCUACUCAGCGAUAUCGAGAUGUACGACCCGGUCACGGAUACGCCCAUGGUGGCCAACACGACGACCAUCUUGGAGAAUCUGGGCCAGGUCAGCUACGUCUUUUCCGACAAGACGGGCACCCUGACCGAGAACAUGAUGAAGUUCCGCAAGAUGAGCGUUGCCGGGACCGCGUGGCUCCACGACAUGGAUCUGCGGACGGAAGCCGACAAGAAGGGCAAGGCGCCGGUGGUUGAGAAAGAAGGGAAGGGCCGCUCCUUGAACGCCAGAACGUCGACAAGCCAGGUGGAAUCGGAAAUGGAGGAGCCCCUGGUCGACGGCCGUCCUCCACGGACGAGCACCGCCUCGAGAUGGAAGUCGUCGGCCAACCCUACACAAAGCCAGCCCGAACUCGGCAACACGGAGGAGCUGCUUCGGUAUCUCGCCAACAAGCCCCACUCGCAGUUUUCGCGCAAAGCUCGCCAGUUCAUCCUCUGCCUAGCCCUGUGUCACACUUGUCUCCCCGAAACGGGAGACGACGGGGCGAUAAGCUUCCAGGCUGCUUCCCCCGACGAGCUUGCACUGGUCGAGGCUGCCAAAGACCUGGGUUAUCUGCUGGUUGAUAGAGCCGCUCAGUCCAUGACGCUGCAAGUACGCACCCCGAAUGGCCCGACCAUCACCGAGAAGUAUGAGAUUCUGGACGUGAUCGAAUUCAACAGCAGGCGGAAGCGCAUGUCCAUUGUCAUUCGCCUGCCCGAUGGCAGGCGGUGCAUCUUUACCAAGGGUGCCGACAGCGUCAUCCUGCCGCGCUUGAAGCAGAAGCAGCUUGCCUUCCAGACUGCCUCUGCCGUCGAGAGGAGGGCAAGCAUGCGGAGGAGCGUCGAGCAGGAAAAGGCUCUGCGCCGACAGAGCAUGCAGAGCUACAAGCGUGACAGCAUGACCCUGAGGCGGACACUGGACCGAAAGGAUAGCUGGCGGAGGUCGAUGGCCCUCACGGAUGAAGUCGACCAAUGGCUGUCUCGCCGCGAGACGGACGGCGUGGCCGAGCCCUCGGCAGAAGGCGAGCCUUACCAGAGCCCGCGCCGCUCUAUGAUGGGCGCGCGCUCGUUCGAGCUCGCGCGUCCCGUCAUUGACCCUGCAGACCGGAUCGUCGACGAGUCCUUGGUGCUGAAUGAGGCGGCCGUGUUUGAGCGCUGCUUCCAGCACGUUGAGGACUUCGCCACGGAAGGCCUGCGGACCCUCAUCUUCGGAUAUCGCUAUCUGGACGAGGACGAGUAUCGGCGGUGGAAGGAAAUAUACCUGCAAGCCACCACGAGCCUUGUCCAGCGGCAGGAGCGCAUCGAGGAGGCGGCCGAGCUGAUCGAGCAGGACUUCGAGCUCGCUGGCGCCACGGCGAUCGAAGACAAGCUGCAGCAAGGGGUGCCCGAGACCAUCGACAAGCUCCGGCGCGCCAAUAUCAAGAUCUGGAUGUUGACCGGCGACAAGCGCGAGACGGCCAUCAACAUUGCCCACUCGGCCAGGAUCUGCAAGCCCUUUUCCGAGGUUUAUAUUCUGGACGUGACCGAGGGCGACCUGCAAGAGCGGCUCGCCAUGACCCUCACCGACGUCUGCCGCGGCAUGAUUCCGCACUCGGUCGCUGUCAUUGACGGGCACACGCUCUCGGUCGUCGAAGACAACGCGACACUCCGCAUGCUGUUCUUCGACCUGGUAGCCAGGGUCGACUCGGUCAUCUGCUGCCGAGCCUCGCCCUCCCAGAAAGCCAACCUCGUCCGGUGCAUCCGUCAGCAGUCUCCCUCGGCAGUCACCCUCGCGAUCGGCGACGGUGCCAACGACAUUGCCAUGAUCCAAGCCUCGCACGUAGGCAUCGGCAUCUCGGGCCGCGAAGGCUUGCAGGCAGCCCGCAUCUCGGACUACUCCAUCGCCCAGUUCCGCUUCCUGCAGCGCCUGCUCUUCGUCCACGGCCGCUGGCUCUACGUCCGCAGCGGCAAAUACAUCCUCGGUACCUUUUGGAAGGAGGUCGUCUUCUACCUUCUCCAGGCGCACUAUCAGCGGUACAACGGCUACACGGGCACCUCCCUCUUCGAGUCCACCUCGCUGACCGUCUUCAACACCAUCUUCACCUCCUUGCCCGUCAUCGUCCCGGGCAUCUUUGAGCGCGACCUGUCCGCCGAGACGCUGCUCGCUGUGCCGGAGCUAUACAGCUUUGGCCAGCGCUGCCGCGGGUUCAAUUUCAAGCAGUACCUCGGCUGGAUGUUCAUGGCCGUCGCCGAGUCGGUCAUCAUCUUCUUCGGCGUGUACUACAUCUACGCGGUCAAGUCGCACGCGCCCGUGCCGACAGAUCUGUACCCCGUCGGGACGCUGGCGUUCUCGCUGGCCGUCGUCUUCAUCAACCUCAAGCUCAUGUUCCUCGAGGUACACGACCGGACGGUGGUGAUACUGGGCGCCAUGUGCAUCUCCAUCCUCGGGUGGUGGCUGUGGAACAUCCUGCUCUCCGCGCUGUUUCCCGGCAAGGUCGGGCCGUACGUGAUCCGCGACGCGUUCCUGGAGAAUUUCGGACGCCAAGGCCUCUGGUGGAUCGUCCACUUCAUCCUCCUCUCGGCGCUCGUGGUGUUGGAGCUGGGCGUUACUGCCGUGCGCAAGUCGCUGUGGCCCACGGAUCGGGAUCUGAUGCAGGAGAUGGAGCAUAUCAAGGGCGUCAAGGAGGUGUUCAGGGAGCAUGCCGAUGGCGGGGAGGCCGGGGUCUCGGCGAGCCCCGGCCCCGAAGAGGCCGACGAAGGUGGGGAACGGACCGCGGACGCGGCCUCGCUCAAGACGGUCACCUCCGCGUCCGCCUCUGCGGCCCCGCGGCAGGCGCCCGGCGAGGUAGCGACCGGCUGGCAACGGUGGGAAGGGCACGCCUCCUCGCAUUACGCGCCUGCGUCCGCCGUCUCGCCUGGAGCUGGGCGGCUGACGGGAGAGUUUGUGCGCCCCCGGUUCACGCCGCCGGCUGAAGAGCGGGAGAACCCCCUGGAGAUCGCGGGUGCGAAGCUCAAGGAGGGCGCGCAACAGGAGUGAGGAACGCUCGUUUUUUUUUUCCUUUUUACGCAACUUGGAAUGGAAUGAAUAGGUGAUUACGUCUGAUUGGUUUUUGUGGGAAGCAUGUUGGACUAGGAGGCUAUGUUUUGUAUACUGUUGUGUAUAUGGAGAGGCAUUUUGUGCUGGAGGGCAUGGGCGUAUUCGGCGUACGGUACUCACGAGUUUGUUUUUUUUUUCUUUUUUUUUUCUUUUGGAUAUCUCGACAUGUCGAUUUGGCGGGAAGCUCUCGUUGCACGAAAUCAGGGUAUACCCUCAGUUGAGUCUAGUUUCAAGUCUAUCCAUGGCAUUACGUUACUCGUGGAGCUUGCUCAUCGUUGAUUAUGAUACUGCUGAGCUGGGUUUCAGUACUGUUGGUCUGCUGAUCUUUUCAAGUUCGAGUACUUCGGUGUGUCGUUUGAAGUAUGAGUCUCGGUAGCUCACCGUGGUAAACAACCCCGUAUCAGGUACUGCUACUCCCUAGAACCGAAAACACCGAUACUUGGUCAAGGCCUUAUCUUGAUGAUGCUUUCGUCA